AUGGACCAGAUUUUGAUGAUAAUUGAUAGAGACCUUGCUGAAGUAGUUGAGAGACUCGAGGAGAUCACAGUGACUCCGGAGAUCGAUAGAAUUAUUGAUCUUGUUGAUAAAACCAUUGCAGACAUCGCGGAAAUAGCCUUCGAACGCGAGGGCGAAAACACACCAUCUCCAGAGGCAUAUCUGGAUCUUGAGUCAAAUGAUGGAUACAUUUCGGAUAUCGUUGACAACUUGAGCAUUGUCACUUCCGGUGCGGAGAUCACACCAACUGCGGUAUCUGAAUUUAACAAGGACCAAUUGGAUCACCAAUCCGAUAGCAAUUGCAGUCUACUUGACUGCUACAAUAACCACCAUGGAUACAACUAUAUGUUAGAACAUCAAUUUGAAAUCGUCCAAGUUCAACAUGCUCUCCAUUCUGAACUCGUUGCGCUGGAUAGAGAAAACUAG